CAAAAUAAAAACCUCGAGCUAAUUCCACCGGCACUCAUUCAACUCCUAACCUCAGUUAUCAUUGCAUUUUGUAUAAAUAAAUAACGAAGAGAGUCCUGAGAUGAAUUCAUCCACAGCAUAUUGAUCACCAACAUCUAACCCUCAGUGCGAUAUUAUUCACAACGUGUAAUAAACCCAGAGUUCCUUAAAAAAUGUCAGUAAAAAAUCCAGUGAAUGAGACAACAACAGAGAUCGACAAAAGCAAUCGCAAGUUUUUGUACAAGAAGCCGAUAAAAAAAGACAAUUACAAACUAGAGCCUGAAUGGGAGGAGACACCACAGGAAGUGCGAAGGAAACGACUAUUGCACCACCAAAAGGAAUGCAGAGAGGCAGCCUUCAACGCAGGACGUGUCAUCCUGGAGGAUCUCCCCCUCUCGGAGGAGGAGAAUGAAGACCCGAUGGAGGUGGAUAAGUCCAGACAUCACUCCAGGAGGCCUACGAACAAGCAGUACGCGAAUAAAUUGAUGAUGUCUGAGUGGAUGCUGGAUGUGCCUGAGGAUCUCGUCGACAAGUGGUCGAUGGUGCCCUGUCCCAAGGGACGGAGGAAUUUACUGGUAGCCCGCAAGGGGAGGACCGAGGCCUACAGUAGACGCGGUGAAAAACUCACUGAAUUCCAGUCUGCAUUGCCAGGGGGUCAUUCCGACGAGAUAAGCAGGAGUUGCACCCUUCUGGACUGCAUAUGGAUGCCGAAACAGAGGGCAUACUACGCCCUCGAUGUCCUCGCCUGGUCUACCCAGCCUUUAUUAAACUGCGAUGCUGAAUUCCGUAGGUUCUGGUUGCAAUCUAAACUGGCUGAGGAUGAGGAUUUUAAGUCGCAGGGAACGAAGCGAAAUGAAUACCCAAUAUUACCUCUGCCUUGUGUGUCUUGUGAUAACGAUUUGUCGGAAUUCCUCGACAAUUUGCCAGCUCUACCACCACUGGAUGGUUUUUUAUUUUAUCACAGAGAGGGGUAUUACAUGCACGGAUUCACUCCUCUCGUAACUUGGCUGAAGCCCUAUAUGUUGCCAGAGGUCUUGGGGAUUUCAGUGCCUCCCUCAAUGGACGAGAAACCCGAAGGGUAUGUGGACUUCAUGCAGUAUAUAUCAGCUCGUGCCAAGGGCAAGGGGAUCUCCUCGAAUUCUGAAUUAUCCAUGGAGACAAAUAGUAACGACUGAACACAUUGAAUUUUGGAUUUUUUUUUACGAAUUAUUCUUCGAAUUUGACUGUUAUUUUACUUAUUGAC